AUAGUCACAAAAAUUGAGGGUGUAAGAUGCAAUUUUUCAAUACUAGAAGAACUUCCGGACAAUUAACCCCUUCGUAAAUUUAUGCAUAUUCAACUCUAGUACUAAUAGUUACCAUUUUCCUUGAACUAUAUCCAUCAAGUUGUUAUCAGCUAGCUUGACAUAAUCCAUAAUCGAGAUAUUGGGUGCUUUGGAAAGAAGUUUUAGCUGCAAUGGCUGAAAAAGAGCAAGAAAAGCCUCUGGCUCCGGCAUCCCAGCACAGGGUUCUCGACAUAGAGUUGGAAAAAGAUGAUGAUCAUCGGGUCUGGUCCACAGAGGAGAUGAAGAAGAAGAAGAAGAAGAAAAACAGAGAAAAUAUCAAUAGCAAGUGCAUCAAAUGGUGUGGAUGCAUUACUGCCCUUCUAUUGAUCUUAGCAGUCGUCGCAUUGGUGCUCAAAUUCACAGUGCUUCAUAUCAAAGAUCCGGUUUUGAAGGUGAAUUCAGUCACGAUCCAAGGACUCAAAGUUGGAGGAGCUUUGGGUUCAAAUCCUCUUCUUCCAGGGACGAACUUAACACUCAUCUCAGAUGUUUCAGUGAAAAAUCCCAAUUUCGCAUCUUUCAAAUUCGACAAUACCACCACAAGUGUCUACUACGGUGGGAAAAUCGUCGGGGAAGCACUGACUCCGGCCGGAAUUGCCAAGGCUAGAAAGACGGUACGAUUGAAUGUAACGGUUGAUGUUUUGGUGGAUCAAAUAUGGACCGUGCCACGGUUGGGGAGUGAUUUGUUGGCCGGCGUUUUGCCGGUGAGUAGCUACACGAAAAUUAGUGGGAAAGUGAAGAUUUUGAAGAUUGUUAAGAAGGGUGUGGUUGUAAGGAUGAAUUGCACGAUGAACAUUGAUAUAAGGAGCCAAUCAAUUACAGAUCAGAACUGUAAGAGACAUGUUUCUUUCUAGUUAUAAUUUAGCUUGUGAAUUUGUAUUUGUAUACUUAUUAAAGAGGUUACAUUCAAUUGAUUGUUUGUUUUUUGGAUUAAGAGUUUUGCGCAACUUUCUGUACUUCAUGUUCUUUGAUUUAGAUUUGCG